UUCAGCUUCACCAACCAAAAAACCAUCAACAUCGAUUUGUGUUAAUGGCAUCUACUGUCUAACCGGUUAAAGGCUUAACACAAAAAAGGCCUGAAGGAUUUGUCAGUAUGAGUGAUCUUGAGGAUGACACCAUCAUCUUCUCCACCCUGAAAUCUUUCAGGAGUUUAAUCUCCGGCCCAGACCGUUCUCUGCAGGAGGCUGAGCCUGCUUAUGGAAGGAGUGACCUUCAGAAGCUUUAUACCCAAAGAGUAGAGAUGGAGGAGGCAGCUGAACGAAUCCGCUCCCACACCAGCCUGUUGCAGCUCACUCAGGAGAAACAGCAGAUGGAGCUCAGCCACAAAAGAGCACGUAUAGAGCUGGAGAAAGAGGCUCACUCCAGCUCUAGGGACCUGCAGAGGCAAGUUGACCAAAACCAGGACUUGCUGACAAAGAUCAGACACCUAGAGGAAAAAGAGGAAAAAUUAAGCCAAGCUUUGAGUGAACAGUUGGAUAACAACAAAGCCCUAAAGCGGAGUCUUGAGGAACUCAAAAAGCAAGCAAAUGAGAAGGACAACAAACUUGGAGAGGGCAACCAGAUGAUCAGUGAACUCAAAGAUGAGGUGCAAACACUUAACCAGAAGCUACAGAUUCAAGAGUCAAAAUUCUCCACCCAGAACUUGGAAAAUCAGGCCCUACAGGAACAGCUGGAGAUGCAGCGCAAAAAGUACCAAGAGGUCAAUCAGAAGUACCAGAGUCUACAGUCAUCUCAGCUGUCCAGCACAGAGAGUGAACUUAAGAUCAAGGAGCUGAAGAGGCGUUUGGUGCUGCAGGAGCAGGACUCUAUCAUUGUGAAGAAUAUGAAGACUGAAGUGGCCAGGCUGCCAGAGCUAGAGCGAGAAGUUAAACGUCUACAGGAGGAUAAUUUGUAUCUCAGGGAGACCAAAGAGAACUGUAGUCUACUGAAAGAGGAGACGGAGGGUUUGAGGAAGAAGCUGGAGAGAAUGGAGAAGGUGGUUGAGGAGAAGCUAAAACUGGAGUUGGAGAAAGAGAAAUUAGAGCAGGAGCUGCAAGCUUGGGGAAACAUUGGCCAGACCACUGGACUGAACAUCAGGAAGCCAGAAGACUUGUCCAGGGAAGUGGUACAGAUUCAACAGAGGGAGCUCAAUCUAAAACAGCAGAACUACACACUCACAAGCAAUAUUCGCUCGGUAGAGAAGGCUCGUGCUCAGCUGCAGUCUGAGGCGACUGAGCUUCGCUCCAAAGCACUGGAGGAGCAGAAGAAGCGAGAAAACCAGGAUGCGCUUGUCCGCCGCCUACAGAAGAGAGUCCUUCUCCUUACGAAGGAGCGCGAUGGCAUGAGAGCAAUAUUGGAAUCCUAUGACAGCGAGCUGGCUGCAAGCGAGUACUCUCCUCAGCUCACACGCAGAGUUAAGGAAGCCGAAGAGAUGCUACAGAAAGUCCAGGCUCACAACACUGAGAUGGAGGCUCAGCUUUUUAAAGCCCAGGAGGAAGCUGGAACAUUCAAACUGCAAGCUCAAGCGGUUGCACUGGAACUUGAAACUCUGAAGGAACAACAAUCCUCAGUUUCUGAAAGCAGUCCCAUAACAACAGAGGAGGAACUUAACUCCUUAAGGCAGAAGAUAGAGGAGCUGGAGUCGGAACGCCAGAGGCUGGAGGAGCAAAACAAUAUUCUGGAGAUGAGACUGGAAAGACACAACCUUCAGGGAGAUUAUGACCCAGUCAAAACAAAAGUGGUGCACUUCCGGUUGAACCCCACCCAGGUUGCUAAGCAGCAACGUGCCGAGGAGUUGGAGCAGUUGAGGGCGGAGUGUGAACGUCUGAGGGACCGCCUUCGCAAGAUGGAGGCAGGAGGUGCCAUCACCACUGAUGACACUACGCUGAUUAUACCGCCUUCACAGGAAAUACUAGACUUGCGUAAACAGAUGGAACGUGCCGAGUUGAAGAACCAGCGCUUGAAGGAGGUGUUCCAGAAGAAAAUCCAGGAGUUCCGAACAGUCUGCUACGUUUUGACCGGGUACCAGAUUGACAUCACAGUCGAAAACCAAUACCGCCUCACUUCUGUUUAUGCAGAGCGCAUGGAGGACUCACUGCUGUUCAAGGCCAGUGGUCCAGUAGGCAGUGGAAAUAUGCAGCUGCUUGAGACUGAUUUCUCCCGCACGUUGACAGAGUUGGUGGAUUUGCAUCUGUUCCAUCAGAAGAGCAUUCCAGUUUUCCUCAGCGCCAUCACACUUGACCUGUUUAGCCGUCAAACUGUGGUUUAACCUUCCCGUGAUCCUGUGAUCAAAAUAGACCGACAGGCAGGUGUACAGCUAGGCACAGACGGUACAUCACCACCUCAAUUAAGGUUGCAUAGACGUGUGAAGAGACCAUACUUUUUUUUUCUGCAAAUACGCAUCCUCUGUUUUGCUGAAUGCUGAAUGUACAAAGCUCAGUACUUCCCUUUUUGAGCCAGAUAUGCCAUCAUACAGUAAGAAUAUAUUUAUAUAUUGCAUAUUUUCUUCUGUAGACAGACUCAGUCAAGCAUUGAUUUAGCUUCAUUUAGAUGUCUGUCGUUUUCUAGCCACUAUACAAUCACAUGCAAAAGUUACACAUCCUCUACAGAGAACACACUUCAGCACAUUUUUAUUGUACGAUUACUGUUUAUUUUCUGAAUUUAACAAGUUGGAGAGAAAAAAGAACCAUAAAAUGUGGCCUGUUUAAAAGUUAUCACAAAUUUAGUAUUUAUUUUUUUUCCAAUAUGUUAAAUUUGUUAUGUACUAAAAUUAGCAGAAUUUGAGUUUGUUCUAGAUAGAGGAACUAAUUUUCACUGAGAAAAUAAACAAGACACCUGCACAUGACACACAACACACCCUGGCACAGGCAGUUUAUACUGUGAAAAGGCCUGCAGAAGUGUAGCUGUUUGUCAUUUCAAUGCGUAUUUUUAAGAAAAGAAAUUGGAAUGAAAUUAAAAUGUGCUCUGUUUUAGUCUCUUCACAGUACGUGCCAUAGGUUAAGAUUUACUACUUUUUGUUUUCUUGGUCCUUUUGUUUUGCCUUUUUUUUUUUUUUUUAAUACUGAAUACUUGGGACAUCACUUGGAAAUAUUUUUAUGUACCAUAAAAUGUACCCAUAUUUUCACCCAUAUUUCUCACUCUUAUGUUAAAGAACUAUACAUACAAGGGUCACCUAAAGUAAAAUGAAACCCCCAAGGUAUUGUUAUUGAAAAAUAAAGAUGCAAUAAAAAUGCAUUCUGUAUUGUCUCUAAA